AUGUUGAAGUCGACUUACAAACCCUCCGCAAACCUCCCGCCGCCGCUUCCCCCGGGAUGGACCGAACACAAGGCACCGACCGGCCACACAUACUACUACAACAGCGAGACGAAAGAGUCGACCUACAAGCGGCCAGCAGCAGCAGCUGCCGCUGCUCCUGUACCUCCACCUCCGCCGCGAGCGGCGCCUGCCUCAGAUCCGCACCAGCAAUUCUUCCAGUACUCUUCCGUACCGAACCUCGCCGACCCGGCGACCGCCAACGCCUUCCUCGCAGCCUACGACCCUGCUCGGCAAAGACAGGCGCAGAACCAACAGGGUGGUGGUGGCGGCCGAGGCGGACACCACGGAGGGCCAGAUGGGCGGGAGAACCGGCCACGGCCGCAGCCGACAGACAAGCCGAGGAGUCGGGUCGCUAUCCCUGGCUGCGAGCCCUGGGUUCUGGUGUACACCAAGUACGGGCGGAGGUUUGCCUACAACCCAGUCAAGAAUGCUAGCUACUGGCGCAUACCAGAGAAGGUCAUGAAGGGUGUGCUGGAGCUUGACAUUAACGGCGUGAAAGAGAAGGCUGCAGGCAAAGAGGUGCCCGAAGGUCCGGGCCAGCCUGCGAAGGCGGCGCAGCCACAAGAGCAGGAGCAGGAGCAGGAAGAGGAGGAACGAGAAGAGCUGGGCUCAGACUACGAAGAAGUCGAGGUCACCGACGACGAGGACGAGGGCGCCGGGGAUAAUGACCACGAAAAUGAAGACGACGACCCAGCGCGGCAGCACCCAAACAAGCGCCAGCGGACCGAAGAACCCACGGAAGACGACCUGCCUGCCGAAUUCAACGAAGACGACAUCGCCUUCCAAUUACAAGCGAUGGGCGAGGACUACGGCCUCGACCCGGGCGAGUACGACGACGGCAACCCCGAAGACUGGCCCGAGGGCGCCGAGGGGGAGCAGCUCAGCGACGAGGACGCGCGCGAGCUGUUCAAGGACAUGCUCAACGACUUUGGCAUCAACCCCUUCUCACCGUGGGAGAAGCUCAUCGAGGAGGGCAAGGUGUUUGACGACCCGAGGUACACGGUGAUGCCGACGACAAAGGCCCGCCGCGAGGUGUGGGACGAAUGGUCACGCGAGAAGAUCCAAAUCCUCAAGGAGCAGCGCGAGCGCGAGGCCCAGAGCGACCCGAAGAUCCCGUACCUCGCCUUCCUGCAGGAAAAGGCCACGCCGAAGCUAUACUGGCCCGAGUUCAAGCGGAAAUACAAGCGCGAGGAGCCCAUGCGGUCAUCCAGCAUGACUGACAAGGACAGGGAGAAGCUCUAUCGCGACCACAUUGCGCGGCUCAAGCUUCCCCAGGACACUCUCCGCAAGGACCUGACCGCACUGCUGCGGGCCGUGCCGCUCAAGGAUCUGAACAACCAGACACCCGUGGAGAACCUGCCGGGCCAAGUCCUCACGGACGUGCGGUACAUCAGCCUCCCGCCACAGACGCGCGAUCCGCUCAUCGCCGCGUUCCUGCAGACUCUAGCCGGGCCACCGGACGCCGCGGAGGCGGAAGAGGACGAGGUCUCGCGAAAGAAGAGGGAGGAACGGCGCAAGCGGGAAAAGGCGCUGGAGGAGCGGGAGCGUGUGGUCGCGGAGGAGAAGCGGCGCGCGGCGAAGAAGGUGGAGCGUGGACGCGCCAUGCUGCGCGAAGAGGAGAGGGAGCUUGAGCAGGCCAUGAAGGUGGGCAAGGAUGGGCUGCUUAGCCAUCUGCUCGCUGCGCGGGAGAAACCGCAGCAGCCAACUGCAGCCGCGCCUGCGCAUGAGAAAGAUGCAGCCUAG